ACCAGGAAACAUUUUCAACUUCUCAGUAGAGAGAGAAACUCAAGUGUUGUUGAGCUGUUUUAUGUCUCUUUGUGUAAAAUGUGAAAUGGCAGAAGCUGGUAUUUCUUGAGAUCCAUUACUGAACAUCCAGCAAAAAAUGGCAGAAGCCAGUAUUUCAGUGCCUGAGGAUCCGUUCAUCUGUCCAAUCUGUCUAAAUCUACUGAAGGAUCCAGUGAUCAUUCCCUGUGGACACAGUUACUGUAUGAGCUGUAUUACAGGCUGCUGGGAUCAGGGUGAUCAGAAGAGAGUCUACAGCUGCCCUCAAUGCAAACAGACCUUCACUCCAAGACCUGUUUUAGGUAAAAACACCAUGCUGGCUGAAGUGCUGGAGAAACUCAAGGAGACAAAACUACAAGCUGCUCAGCCUGUUCACCGUUACACUGAAUCUGGAGAUGUGGAGUGUGAUGUCUGUACUGGAGACCAAAACAAAGCCAUCAAGUCUUGUCUGGUGUGUCAGAUCUCUUUUUGUCAAAAUCACCUCAAAGAACAUGACAGUUUUUUUCAAGAUGAGAGACACGAAAUAACAGAGGCCACUGGACGCCCGCAGGAGAUGAUCUGCUCUCAACAUGAUAAGCCACUGGAAUAUUUUUGUCGGUCUGACCAGCAGUGUAUAUGUCAUCUGUGUAUGAUGGACGAGCACAAAAAUCAUGAGACUGUAACAGCUGCAGCAGAGAGGAGUGAGAAUCUGAGAAAAUACACAGACAUGUCCUUGAAGAUCAGAGAAACGAUGUUGAGUAACUAUGUUAUGAGCCCUGUUUCUGGCAAGUCACUCUCUGCAGACUCAGUCCCUGAAGACCCGAACAGCAUUGUAGAUAUGAUAAUUCUUGAACUGACAACAAUCGCAGACGACUUGGACGGGAAUUGUGAUUUAGUGCGUAUACCCAUGAUACGAGAGUACAAGCCUUCAGUCACUGACAAAUAUAAGUUUGUGUCAGAAUAUGAAGUUCCAUCUAAUGAACGUGUGCAACUGGCCACCCACUACAUUGAACCAGUGAUCAUUCAGAGGAGCAAAGAGCAGGCUGAGAAAUACUGUCAUGAAUAUGUGAGGUCUGCUCACGCUUCUGGAACAACAACAUCAUGUCAGCUGUUAUCAAAUGACAAGAAUCACAACAUCAGAAUAGACCAGCUGUUCAGUCCUGACAGUGAUGGAAACACACCGAAAACUGUGAUUCUCAGUGGUGAUUCUGGAAGUGGUAAAUCCCUCAUAUUAAAGAAGAUUAAGUUGGACUGGGCUUCUGGAGAACUUUACUCUGAAAACUUUAAUGCUGUUUUUCUUCUGAAAUUUGAUGAGCUCAAGUGUAUUUCUGAGGAGAUGAGCUUGAUUGAUCUCUUGAGUUGGAGUUCCAGUUUAACAUCAGAUCAGAUCUCACAAUCACUACAGUUAACACCAGAGAAAGUCCUCUUCCUCAUUGAUGGGAUGGAUGAGUUCUCAUUUAAUCCACACUUUCAAAAAUCAUCGCCUACUGAUCCAUACCAGAAACCCCCAACUAUGGACAUUCUUAAUUUCCUACUGAGGGAUUUCUUGCUAUUGGAGUCAUCAGUGAUUGUCACCACUAGAUAUACAGCUGCUGCUGAAUUAAGCAAUCUGUUUAAAAGGCCUCAACGUUUCACUGAGAUUGUGGGCUUCUCUGAGAGAGGGGUGCAGGAGUACUUCCACAAGUUCUUUCAGGAUGAGCUACUCUUCUGGAAAACAUAUGAGAGUGUGAAGAAAAAUGAAAGCCUCCUGACUACCUGCUCUGUGCCUUUGCUGUGUUGGAUGGUCGGUUUUUGUCUGAAGAAAUACUUUACAGAUGAUGAUCAUGUGAUGGCAGAACUAAAGACAACCACCUCCAUAUAUGUGCACUUUGUGUCCACUCUACUGGAGCAUCAUGACCAGAGUCAGUCUGUCCUCAAGAUGCUGAGGAAUCUGGGUCAGCUGGCAGAAAGAGGAAUACAAAAUCAGCAAGUCUUUUUUGAUGAAAAGAGUAUGGCUGAGGCUGGCUUAGAUCCUGAUAAUGCUCUGUUCUUGUAUAAAGAUGAUCUUAAAGGAAAAGAAAAACAUACAUUUUUCAAAUUUAUCCAUAUCAGCUUUCAGGAGUUCUUCACAGCUCUUUAUUAUAUUUUGCUGGAUGAAGAAGAUUCCUGGUGCAAAAUCAGUGAGCUGUUUAACUUGAUGGAAUCAGAAGCUAUAAUUUACAGGUCAUCUCCAAUUUUCAGAGGUAGACUAUCAAAUCCCACCCAUUCAGUCAUGAUGUUUCUUUGUGGUCUCUUUAACGAGAAGGUGAGCAGCUCACUCUUUGAAAAGAUCAAGUGGACUGUUCCUCACAACAUAAAACUGAAGAAAAGAGAAUUGAAGAAAAAGCUGAUAAAAAGGAUUCCAGCAUUGACACGGAAGUAUGGAUCUGAGUUAUUUGCUCUCCACUGUCUGUAUGAGCUGCAGGAUGAGAGGUUUGUCAGGAAAGUUCUGGAAACUCACAGCUUCAUGGAUCUGUCUAACAUUUCCCUGAGGAGCACAGACUGCUGGGUGCUGCUGUACUGUCUUCAGUGCUGUCCACACAUCAGAGAACUGAACCUCAUGUACUGUGAUGCUAUAAUAAAUUGAUUUGUGAAAUGAACUGAAAUAAUUAAAAAAAUACAUUACUAAAUUAACUCAAGAUGACCCAUUUAGUACUAGAAUUUCUGCAAACUACAUAAAUAGAUUACUGAAGAUAAAACAUUGAAAUGGUCAGUUUGAACUUUGAACCUCUAGACUGCUGAAAUAUAUUUUGUCAUCUGAUAAGGUCAUUUUUAUUGUCAAGUCCUAAAAAAUUUGUUGCUGUAUCAUCCAGUUUGACAUCAUAUUGUUUUACAUUAAUAGUUUAUCCACUUCUUUUGUUAAUUGAAUUUUGACAA